AUGAUAUAUAUACCAAUCGUUCGAUUCAGCGAUGCAACAUCUUCGAUAUGCUUUCAACGUUGUUCAUGCAUAACUGAUGAAUACCAGGAAAUUUUUGGAAUAUGUUUUAAAAUGAUGAAUAUUUCAACUGAAGAAGAAAACGAGAAUGAGAAUAAGCAACAUAUAUCAACUUGCACGCACGGAAGAUGCACGAUUGUUGAACAGAUUUCUGAUAUCGACUGCUUUUUCGAAGGACAUUCUUGUGGGCUAAAUAUGGUAUUCAGGACCGCUAAUAAAGAAAUAGUACGAAACAAUGGAAUUUUGGAUGUCAAAUGUACCAUGAAUUGUAUAUGUGCAGAUGGGUAUAAGGAAAAAAAUUUUCAGUGCAUAAAAUUUCCUUCUAAUGAUUCUAUUAAUUCGUGUGGGGGAAAAAUCUGCAAGGUCGGUGAUAUUAUUUUUGAUGACGGUUGUCAUUUAAAUAAGCAAAAAUGUGGCGAAAACAUGAUAUUUUCUACAAUAACUCGUGGAAUAAUGUUUUCAACAUCAUCUCGAUAUUGUUAUCAACAAUGUAUUUGCAAAAGCGAAAAUUUUAUCUCGAAAAUUUUUUAUUGCGAAAAAUUACCCAAAGUUACUUUACAGAAUAAAGUUCAAUCAUUCGAUUUUCUAAAACAUUGUCCGAAAGCAUAUUAUAAGCUUGGAGAGGAACUAAACGAUAUUGGCUGCCGUUUGACAGGUCAUAAAUGUGGAAUUAAUAUGGCUUUUGCAACUAUAGCAAUUUUUAGUGCUGGUGAAAUUCCAAAUAAAAUUAUAGGAUGUACCCAGCGAUGUAAUUGCGAAGAAGGCUAUGAAUAUAUCGAUGGCAAUGAAAAUUGCAUUAAACACUGGUACUGCGAAGGAGGUUAUUGUCAGUUGGGAAGAAAAAUACGUGAUUAUGGUUGUAAGCUUACCGGUCGUAAAUGCGGAAUCAAUAUGAAAUUCAUACCUAUAAAAAAAGAUGGUGCUGAAAUUUGCAUCCAGAUGUGCGAUUGCGAAAGUGAUGAAUACACACAGAGAGGUGACCAGUGCGUCAAAUCGAGGCAAGAAGUCGUACCAAUUCAACAAUCCAUCCAUAAUUUCUAUGCGAAACCUUUUGUCCUCGGUGAGAUAUUCGAAGAUUUUGGAUGCCUAUCAAUUAACAUGCCAUGUGGAAAAAAUAUGGUGUUUCGGCCAAUCAUGAAAAUCCGUAAAAUAAAUAAUUCACCAUGGCAGAAGAUCUGCGUGCAACGUUGCUCAUGUGCAUCUGAAAAAUACGAGAAGAUCGACGGUCGGUGCAUUGAAUGGAUUGUAUUUCCAAACGUAUCGCAUUUUGAUUUACCUAAGCCUAAUAUUACAAUGAACCCAAUACGUUCUGCUAAUGCCAGUUAUAAAUAUGGUGACAGCAUAAAUGACAUUGGAUGUCAUUUAAACGGUCAAAAAUGUGGUAUUAAUAUGCCUGAUACAUUUCUAAUUAAUUGCAUGCGUGGGAAAUGUUCACUGAAGCAAGAAAUUGUUGAUCAUGGUUGCAUGUUAUCAGGGCGUCCAUGCGGACAGAACAUGGUGUUUAAGACAGUUAUCAGAGGAAAUAUCAAAACGCUGUAUGCUAAAUGUUUUGUUAAAUGUGAAUGUGAUGUUGAUUAUAAAGAAAAUGAUGGUGAAUGCAUUUUAAUGAAUGAUUCAAUUACAAGAUUUCACAAUCCGUGCAAUGAAAGGGCUUGCAUGGUUGGUGAAAUAAUUUUCGAUAUUGGUUGCUAUUUGACAAGGCAUGAAUGUGGUGAAAAUAUGAUAUUUAACAUCGUCGCACGAGGAAAAAUUUCGCCAACACAUGAAUUUUGUUUUCAACGUUGUAGUUGCAAAAACAAAUUUAUUGGAAAAUUUUAUCGUUGCAAAAAAAAUAAUGAAAUUAAAAAAGCUUUACAAAUUGGAAUGCAAACUGUUAACUUUGUUGAUUAUUGUGCCAGCUUUAAAUAUAAACUUGGACAAGAGAUAACUGAUUAUGAAUGUCGGUUGACGGGUGAAAAAUGUGGAAUGAAUAUGGUGUUUGUUAAUGUGUUUGAGGAAUUAACUAAUCAUUUAGGAACAGCGAUCGAAUGCAUUCAAAGAUGUAGUUGUGAAGAGGGUUAUCAAAAUAAAGAAGGAGAAUGCAUAAGAAAGUGGUAUUGCGAAGGAGGAUAUUGCGAAAGUGGAAGGAAAAUCAUCGAUUAUGGAUGUGUUCUUACGGAUGUUGCAUGCGGAAUCAAUAUGAAAUUCAUUACAGUUGAGAUUGGCAUUCCUAAUGAAAGUUGUAUUCAGAUGUGUAGUUAG